ACAAUCGAUCAAGAAGCUCCAAAACCACCACUAUGAGCAGAAAUCCACCACAAUCCUCGAAAUCACCGGUACAUCCACUUUACAACGUAACCUACACAAUCCACCGUCUAUCCCCUCUACACAAAUUCCCUCCGAGAUCAGACUUCAAGUCGCACGCCCGAUCCCUUCAACAAAUCCUGCGCGGUGACGUCCUUCGUGGAGUACGCAUUGCGCUCGGCAACGAAGAUGAGGCACUGGGGCGAGCAGGUCAGUUAAAAGCCGUGACAUGGGAGGCGCUACCUCGCUGGCAAACGUUUAGCGAAGAUGACGAGGAGGAAGCGGCGGUGGAAGAAGCAGGCCCCGGAGUAAUAAUCGAGAUGCGGUAUGAGAAGAUGUCAUACACAUCUCUAUUGUUGCCAUCGCCUUCAGAAGCUACUGGGUUAGAAGCUGAGAGCCAAGAGUUUACCAAGCUCCCGUUACUUUUAACACGCCUACCCAAAUCCCUCCGGGAUACGCUGAUUAGCUACCUCUCCACACGAUUCGACACCCUCCCACUACCAUUGGCACUCCCAUCGUCACUAUUACAAGGGUCGGUGGAAUUCUACUUCUCACAUACCUAUAGUCCGCCGAAGGACGUACAGAUAUCUUUCGCUACGCCUACCACCACUCUCAAAACAGUCACCAUAACUAUCCCCCGGGACGAUAUUGCUGAGUUCUGUGCCCGCGGGAAGCAACUUCCUGGGGGGGGAUUCUACGCGGCAUUGAAGCAUUAUCUUCGAGGAGCUAUGGCAUUGGACAUCACAUCUUUGGCGAUUGCUAAGGUGGCGUGUGGGGGCUUUGUCUUAGGUGGGGGAACUGGUGGAAAAAUCAAGAUUUUUCCACCGAGGGAUGUGGGGGAGCAUGAGGCAGUGAAGAAUCUAAUCCAAGAGCUUGUCAAGGUAGCAGAUACGUGAGGAAGAGGACCAGGAUUUCUAGUCCACGAUGCAACAUAUUGGCGUA